UCAGGCUUGACUUGCCCGGAGGAAUGAUACAGAUGAAAAUUCCACCAUUAAAGGGUGCAUUUACUUUAAACAUAUCGAGAAGUCAGAUCACCACAAGACCAGCGGGACCUGUACAUUCUGGGGGGUACUCCACUGAAGGAGUGACACUGACCUCUACUUAGUGACCGUUAUUGCUUUCCGGGGAAGGUGUCAUUGGAUUUGGAUGUAUUGGUUUCUUCUGCUGUAUUGGAGCCACUCACUAUAGUGCUCGUGCUGGAAGCAAUGAUUGGAUGGUUGUUGGGGUGUUGUCAUGGCACCUGGAUUAACAACAGAGCCCGGCCCCAACACCACAGACAUCAGUAACAUUGGUGUGUCUGUGGGGGAGGGCUCUGAUGGAAUCCUGCUAUGGGCAAUGAUAUGUGCCUUUGUCACCUUCUUCGGUUUAGGUCUGGCCACGUGUAAAUACUUCAGAGACCAGUAUGACACACCUGAAAACAAGAAGAAAAGAAGAGACAAGCUGGACCUGCAAAAGAGAGAGAAGGAGGAAAAGGCGGUAGCAGGAGUGAAGAGGGAACCUAUCGCAUCAGAACAGUUCCUCCAAAAACUCAAACAGAAAAAGUCAGACAAACAGCUCAACAUAGAAGUCAGGGCCAUCGUGAGGAACCAGGAUGAAUUCCCUAAUACAGUUGCCAUGACACCAGAAAACAUUCUGUUAAACGUCAACCAAGACGUCAUUACAUAUGAUUAUUCCCGAGUGAUUCUCCAUGAUAUUCCUGAGGAAGAAGGCUGUUCUGACUAUGUAAACGCAAGCUACAUUGAUGGUUACUGUCAGGAUAAAGAGUACAUAGCCACGCAAGGACCUAAACAGAAGACAGUACCCUCUUUCUGGAACAUGGUGUGGCAGGAAGGGGUUCACUGUAUUGUCAUGGCAACAGGUCUCUUUGAAAAUGCCAAUCAACAAUGUGACAAGUAUUGGGGUGAUGUCUUCAGCAUGCACAAAUACGUCAAACAUGGAAACAUCCACAUCUGGCUGGAGUCUACGAUGGAGAUCUCACAGCUUACAAUCCGCACCAUACGCAUCCAAAGGGAAGGUGCCUCCACUCAGAGAAUUGUCAAGCAUUUUGAGAUGAUUGGAUUUAAUGAUGAGGGGACGGAUGCCGGAUUUGUGUUGGAUUGUAGACGUAGAGUCCAUGACUUCAUGUUGACAGCUACUGGACCAGUUUUGGUUCACUGCAGGUGUGGUGGGGGUAAGACUGCUGUUUUCAUUGCUGUGGAUUACUGCCUGAAGGAACUGGAGGCAGAGGGACAUGUAGAUGUAUACAGUGCUGUGCUUCAUCUCCGCAAGUUCAGGAAAAAUAUGGUUCGAACGCUGUUUCAGUAUCGCCUGAUAUACGAGUGUAUAGCCAUGUAUCUCCAGUGUGGUAUAACAGUAGUGCCUGCAGUGCAGUUCCCUGCAGUAGCCUCAAGAUUAUCUGUAAAAGACCCAAGAACCAGGAUGCUGGGCUUCGAGAAGGAGUUUCAGACCCUGAAGUCUCAAGUGACCAAAUUAAGUAUCGGAGACUGCGCUGGUGGCCACAGAUCUGAGAAUCGCUCCAAAAGUCGCGAUAUCAUGCUCCUGCCGCCUGAACGAGCUCGCCCCUACUUGUUAACUGCGGAGUCCGGUGAACACGCCACAGACUUUAUAAAUGCUGUGUAUGUCGAUGGUUAUUAUCAGCAAAAUAACUUCAUGGUCACCCAGUGGCCCCUGCAGCACACCAUUCCUGACGUGUGGAGAUUGGUAUUUGAUUACAAAAUCACCUCUGUCGUCUUACUCAAUGACUCCAAAUUCUCUAGGAACUAUCCUUGCUUUUGGCCAAUGGAGCUGGAUGAGGAGCAGAAAUUUGGACCAAUCGGAGUGAAGUAUUUAGGAAGCCACAAGGUGUCUCAUGUGACCAUCAGGGCAUUCGCCAUCCGAAAACUCCCUAGACUACAGUAUGACUCAGUUCUUAAGCAUCUAGGGUCAGAUGCACUGAACAUAACGUGUAUACCUCUCGGCGAUUCAGGCCAGGACACAACGAUUGUAAAAAUCUUCCAACUGAACAGCUGGGCCAGUAAGGAGAAAACUCCCUUCUCCUCCAAGUCCCUGAUCUACCUUAUGGGAUUCGUGGAGGAAUGGCAGCAGAAGACAAACCCACUCAAUCCAGUCCUAGUUAUGUCCAAGGAUGGCCUUACUAGAGUUGGAGUAUAUUGUGCAUGUAAUUAUUGUUGUGAUCAACUCAAAGCCGAGGGAGAAGUAGACAUUUUCAAUGCUGUCCGAAUUGUUAAAAAAAACAGACCUGCACUUGUGCCAAAUGUUAUGGAGUAUAUAUAUUGUUACUCUUUUAUUGCUUUUGUGAUUGAGAUUAUGCAAGAAGACAAACCUAAGAUAGUGAUAACUGGCCCCGCUACAAAAGCCGGCCAGGUGAAUCGUGGGUAUGAUUUCACCAACCACAUUUUAUCGGAGGAAACCUCCAGUUUAGCUGCCACGUCAGACUGGAGUUACGUGACUGCUUACGAUGUCUCUGUGUGUAGAGAUGGCUCAAACCUGGCAGCGAGGGGACGGGUGACCACUAGUGUCUCUCCCGUGUCCCAGCUCCAAAUUCCCGUAGUCGACAAAACCCCGAGUAGUUCUCAGCCCAGUAUAAGUAGUCCUAGAAGUCUGGAAAAUACCCCCUCAUCUUCAGAACAGACUGUUGUCUCAGACAGGACUAGACGAAUGUCAGAAAGACAGCCGGAGGAAAACAAUAAUUUGUUAGAACGCUCAAAUUCUAAUAGUUCCAGUGUGUAUUAUUCAAGUGCAUCUAUAGAGAGUAGUGGUACGAGUCGGGCGGAGGGCUGCGAUGGAAGAAAAGGUAAUCAGAGAAAGGAUAUUGGCAACUCGCGAACACGUAGACCGACGCUGAAACGACAGAAUGCAGAGGACAGUGUCGAACUCAAAUCCAUGCAAAAAAGAAGCUGAUAAAAAAUCUCGGAAAUUUUGACAAUCUUUGCCCGUUUUAAUUUUGAAUUUUAAUUUUAUUUUUUUGUACCUUGACAACAGUGCCUGUAUUGUUGUUCAGAUUAGAUUUUAGAUUGUCUAUAUCCUGAAAUAGAUUAAUUUGUUACUGAAUUUUAACUGUAUUCUUAUGGUUUGGGGAGCAAUAAUCAGGAGUGAAGGAUUUAGUUUUAGACUCGGAUGUUUUAAUGCUCUUGUUUAUCUUGUGAGUAUGUUGACUUAGAAUUUGGUAUAGAUUUAAUAUUUUAUGUUUGAUACAUGUCUUGUAUUUUAUCACAAAUGCUAUGUACUUUUAAAAUCAGAAUUAUUUAAUUGUGGCAAUGAAACAGUAGGGUCAGUGUUACUCAGGUGAGCAUUGUGGCCCAUGGACCUCUUGUUUUAAAGAAAAGUUAUUUAGUACAUGUAUUUUAGUUUGAGUUUAGUUUAAGAAGUAUUUUAUUCAUGAUAUAAAAAGAAGAAUACAAUCAAAAUGGAUUGAACAGCAGGCAAAAGUGGCCUAUAUAUUAGUUCUCUCCAUAAAGAAAACUUAUUUUCAACUAUAGAAAAAAAUACAUGUAAUGGUUAUUCCCCAGUAUGUCAGAAAAAAAUUAACAGUAUAGCGGAGUUUGAUCCAAGUGGCAGUGUCAGAGAAUCUAAACAUUUUUUGGCUUUAUAUAUGUAUAUAUAUGUGAAUGCAUUGCAAAUCACUUAUACUUAGUAGAAAGUAAUUUGUACAUAAAAAUCAUUGCAUUGUCUAUUUAGCUGUUGUGUUUUAUUUGAAUUGGAUUUUUAUUUUCCAUUUAAGUCUUCCAAAAUUUCCAAAUUCUCAUAAAAGCCAAAGAUUCCAUAUAAAUUGUGUUUGUUGAUUACUUACAUGAUUUCCAUUUUGUUCUUGUAUAAUUGUUAAAUCAUUCCCAUGCAUGACCCGUUUCGUUAUUUUUCUAUGUAUAGAGAAUUUGUUUUUAUUUGGUUGGUUUAAACUGUACAUAUAUAAAUAUAUGUAACAUUUUAAUCUAUUAUGUGAUAUUUUAUAAAACAUUCCAUAUAAACCAGAGAAUGUAUAACCCCAAUGUUGUAUAUAUGCUUUUCAAGUUUUACUUUUGAAAACUUCUUUGGUGGUGUACACCUGUAUGUGAAUUUCAAGAAAUUUACAUGGCAGGUACCAGAUGUAUGGAGGCAUAUCUGAUGUUUAAUUUACUUGUUAUUUUAUGGCAAUCUUAGAGAUGGAGAAGGAAACACAGCUCACAGUUAAGGUCCUUUCUCCUUUUUACUGUAUAUCCCUUUAUUUUCGCAAGAACUCUAUUUUUGCGUGAAGACCUGAGACCAUCCCCUUAUAAAAAAAAAAUUUUUCUUUUGCAUUUUAUUAUAUCAUUCAGGAUUAUUAAGAACAAUGACCAGAAAUCACCAGAAAAAAAACAUUCUUGUUUAUAAAUACAUGUACAAUAUAUUAACCAUCACAGGAAAGUAGCGGUAACUGUUGCAAAAAUUUGGCGAUUUUCAGUUUUCAAAAGAAAUGUGUUCUCACAGUUAAGAAGUAAAUUUUAAGUAUUAUUAUGGUAUUUACAUGGAAAAAAGAAAAUUUAAGAAAAAAAUAAAGAUUUUCUACUGGAAUACUUCAUUCAUUGAAAGUUCAGACAUAUAUGUAUAUGUAUUUAUAUCAGUGUUUCAUCUGGCUCUUUUGACCAAAAAAGCACCAAAAUUCCCUGAAUGUUAUGUUUAACUCAUUUCCUUAUAUGCUGUUUUUCAUAUCCAUGCAGAUCAUGCUGGACAUCUAUUAUUCAUGUUUACUAGUUACUACAUUUAAGAGUCCACUUUGUAAAAUAUUAUAUCAUACUACCAUUGAGUACCUCUUAUUUUCACCCAACGACGAAGUAAAGCAUUGUUGUUAAAAGUGUACAGUGUAUGUGAAUAUAAAUAUGGAAUAUACUGUGAAUAGUUUUGAAAAAUGUAAUCAAAAUUAUGUAGCCCUAGUGGACUAUAUUUCAACUUACUGGGACCAAACCUCACCAUGUGAUUGGCUAUUUUGGGGGUGAGAGUAUUUGUUUUAUGGUACCAGAAGUUACGUAUAUUUGCAAGCAGUAUCAGUAUGCUGUAUGUGAGAAUUGUUUUAUAUUUUUCUACUUGUAUUUGGAUUUUUAUAUCAUUCAAAUAUUCUCAUAUUAUCCAGAUUUUAUGGAAUACUACAAUAAAUUGAU